AUGCUGUGGCUAAUGGUCAGUUCCCCUCUCUUGUGGGUCCCCUCCCUAUCUUUCUAUUCUUUUCUCCUGUUUAUCCCCUUAUUUCAAUCUCCCCCUCUCUCCUCCUAUAUAUUCUCUCCCCUAUCUCUCCACCUCUGUCCCUCCACCUCCUCUAUCUUUCUCUCCACCUCUAUCUCUCUCAUCUAUCUCUCUUUCUCCACCCCAUCUCCUCUGUAUCCCCACCCCUCUCUCCACCUCUAUCUCUCUCCACCUCUAUCUCUCUCCACCUCUAUCUCUCUCCACCUCUAUCUCUCUCCACCUCUAUCUCUCUCCACCUCUAUCUCUCUCCACCUCUAUCUCUCUCCACCUCUCUCUCCCCACCCCUUCUAUAUCCCUCUCUCUCUCUCCUCUCUCUCCACCUAUCUCCCACCUCUCUCCACCUCUAUCUCCCUCUCUCUCUCUAUCUCAUCCCUCUUUCUCCCACCCUCUAUAUCCCUCUUCCAUCCCCCCUGUUCAUCCUCUUUCUCCCUAUCCCCUUCCAUCCCCCACUGUUCAGCUGUGGAGCUUGUCAUUUUCAGGCACAAUAACUCCAUCUUUUUCUUUAUUGUUUGUGAUGAUGUAAAAAUGUUUCGUCUCCAAGAGGACAUUCUGACCUGCUUUGUUCAGUGA